AUGGCGCCGGAGUGCAGAAUGUAUUCUGAAAGGUUUCCAGACAUCGACCAGGUCGUGAUGGUGCAGGUCAAGAGCAUAGCCGAAAUGGGCGCAUAUGUUCAAUUACUGGAGUAUGACAACAUCGAGGGCAUGAUAUUACUGUCAGAGCUCACCAGGAGGCGCAUUCGAUCGGUAUCAAAACUCAUCAAGGUCGGUCGUAUCGAACCAGUUAUGGUACUGCGCGUUGAUGACGAGAAGGGCUACAUCGAUCUCUCAAAGAGACGGGUUUCGCCAGAAGACAUUGAAGCGUGCGAAAUCAAAUACAAUAAGAGCAAGGUAGUCCAUUCUAUUAUCAGACAUGUUUCCGAGACGACCGGUACUCUACCCGAACAAUUGUAUAAGUCAUUUGGUUGGCCGUUUUACAGCAAGUAUGGACAUGCCUUUGAUGCUUUCAAGAUGUUUGUUACAGAUCCGAGCUUACUGCACAAAGAGUUCGCUGAGCGAAGGAUUUCUGCCACGACCGAACAAGACGAAGAAGCACUGAGUGAAGCUGUUGCAUUUGCACUAACAAAGGACAUCCAACGGCGCAUGACACCACAGCCACUCAAAAUACGUGCGGACGUUGAACUGACCUGUUUCGAAUACAAUGGGGUUUUAAGCAUUAAAAGUGCUAUGCGCUACGCCGAAAAUAUUUCAACAGAGGACUGUAAAGUGAAGAUGUCUCUGGUAGCAUCACCACUUUAUGUGCUGUCAACUCAGUCUUCUGAACGAGAGUCGGGAAUUUCGUUGGUCGACAAUGCGAUCGAAGUUUUGAGGGAACACAUCACCUCGAAGGGUGGAAAGUUGGUCGUGAAAGAAGGCGCAAGAGUGGUCAGCGAAAGAGAUGACAAGCUUCUAUCUGAACAAAUGACAAAUUCUCAUAAGACUGAAAGUGAGAGCGGAAGCGAUGAUGACACCAUGGGGAACAUAGCUUUGUAA